AUGUAUGGUAAUUCGAUCUUGCUAACUUUUAUUUCGCUUAUUGUAUUGAUUAAUGGACAAUAUGAUAAUAAAAAGGAUUUCCUUCAAGACAUAAAUCAACCAGUUCGAAUUUCAAAAUCAUCAUUUGAUGCACAAUUCAAUCGUGGACGAUGUCCUGAUCGUUUUUAUCAAAUAGGUAAUGAAUGUUUAUAUUUUGGUACUGAUGGUAAAAAAUAUUCAUGGAAUCAAAUACAAAAUAUAUGUGCAAAACGAAUAGUUCGUUUAUUAAAACAACCAAAAAAAUUUGUAAAUAGUGAAGUUAAUAUAAAACCAAAAAAUGGUUUACGACAAUUAAUAUUAAAUACACCAGAAAAAACAAAAAUUUUAGAAUAUCUUCAUCGAGAAUAUGAAGAAUUAAAUUUUGCUAUACGUCUUCCAUCGGAUUAUAAUACAUUACAACGAUGUCAUGAUGGAAAAGAAGAUAAUUGGCCACAAUAUUGUAUUAAUCAAGAUAGUUCUAAUGGUACAUGUUUUGAAACAAGUGUACUUGCUUCACAACGUAUUUGUUUACAUCAAAUAGUUUGUGAUAUACGUUCUGUAAGAUUAGCAUGUGAAUUUACAUUACCAGGAAGUUCGGAAUUGAGUGAAUCAAAAUUUCGUAAUUGUCCAAAAAGUCAUGGUCUUCGUCAUCGUUUACCUAUAUGGGCUUGGCUUUUAGUAGUUGUUGGUGCUAUGUUAUUAUUACUUCUUAUUCUUGGUGGUGUCUUAACAUUUAUUCGUAGUUCAAAAAAAGAAUUACCUCAAGUAAGAAAAUCAGUAUCAGAAACUCUUCGUACGGAUAAUACAGAAGCUAUUAAUGUCAGAACAAGUCGUCAAGGUUCUACUACUGAACCGAUGCUUGUUCGAACUAGUAUAUCUAAUACUGCCUAUCUAGAGCCACAAUCAUUAAAACGUGUGAUUCCUUUGACAACAAAAACAACAACAACACUAACAGUAGGACAAGAUAGUACAUCUCCAUCUGUUUAA